AUGAGUCAGCAAGGCAAUGGCGCCAGGGUCCGGUUGCGGGUGGCUUUCCGCAAUAUGUUCUACACGACGAUAUACGUCGCCGUCGAGGGCGGGUUUCUGGCCGAACAGGGCUUGGAUGUGGACUUCGCCCACGUCCCUGCCGGUCAAACCAGCACCGACCUGCUCAAGGCCGGCGACAUCGACAUCACCCAGAGCGGCAUCAGCCGCAGUUUCAUGGACCUCGAUGCCGGCAGCGCGGACCCGCCGAUCCACAUCGCCGAGAUCAACCAGCGGGAUGGGUUCUUCCUGCUGUCAAAGCGGCCCACCGACGGCUGGCGCUGGGCCGACCUCGCCGGCGCGACGCUCAUUCCCGUCGGUUUCACGCCGGUUCCCUACACCACGCUGCAGGCCGCGAUGCGCUGGCACGGCGUCGACCCGGCCAGCGUCAACCUGAUGGGCGGCCUGUCCGCCGAAGAGAUGUUGGGCCGGUUCCGCAACGGCGACGCCGACUACCUGCAGGUUCCCAACCCCUUCGCGGUGCAACUGGUCACCGAAGGCUCCGGCCACUUGGCGGCGACCCUGGGCAACGAGAGCGGCUACGUGUGCUACAGCAGCUUCGCAGUCACGCCGUCGUACCUGGCCGAUAACCCCGACACGAUGCAGCGUUUCGUGAACGGCUACGCCCGCGCUCAACGCUGGGUCGCCGAGAGCCCCGCUGAAGCAGUCGCCGACCGGAUCGCCCCCGUGUUCCCAGAAUACGACCGCAACGUCCUCGCCGAAGGAGUGCAGCGGUACAAGGACGCCGGCGUGUGGGCCACCGACCCGACGAUCACCCGUCAUGGGUUCGACCGGAUGCGCGACGCACUCAUCUCCGGCGGCCUCGUGCGCGACCCCCAUCCCUACGAGUCCAUCGUGCGUCCCGAGUUCGCGGAGCGGGCGGUGGCCGCAUUGGCCUGA